ACACCUUCAUUGUUUAUCUGUGGCAUAUGUGGGAAAAAUUACAAGUUUAGAAACAAAUAUGAAUCCCACAUGUCCACACAUCCGUCCUACAAUCCGCACCAGUGUAACCAUUGUGGUAAGAUCUUGUCCAGUAAAGGUCACCUGAAGAGACACAUCAAGAUCCACACAGAGGAAAAACAGCACAAAUGUGAUAUCUGUGACAAACCUUUCUAUGACCUUUAUCGAAUGAGGCGUCAUCGCUGCAUCCACUUUGGGGAAAAACCACACAUGUGUGAUAUAUGUGGAAAAAAGUUCAGUGAAGCUGGUAACUUACGGAAACAUCAUAUGAUUCAUACAAACGAGAAACCAUUCAUUUGUGAAAAAUGUGGGAAAGGUUAUUCCAUACAGUACGAAUUAAAAGAACACCUGAAGGCACAUGCUAGAGAGAAACCGUUUAAGUGUGACAUAUGUCGGAAAGGAUUCGAUGAUAGGGAAGCUUUACUGAGUCAUAGUGUGGAACACGUAGGAAAAAGAUUGAACAAAUGUGAUAUAUGUGGGAAGUUUUACAGCAGGGAGUCUGCCCUAAAAGUUCAUCGUAGGGUACACACCGGGGAAAAACCCUUUAAAUGUGAAGUGUGUGGGAAAAGGUUCACAAACUCAGGAGAUAAACAGCGACACUUAAAGAUUCACUCAGGAGAAAAGCCACAUGUCUGUGAGGUUUGUGGAAAAGGGUUUAUAGACAAGAAAUACCUCAGAGCUCAUACUGUACGGGUACACAAAUCAUCACUGACACCCGUAUCUGGUGUGUAG